CCAAUCAGAGGGCGAAUAACAGUCAAACCCGGAAGUUGUCAUCGCUUGCAGAGCAGUAUUCCCGCGAAGAUUGAGACCUCAUAGUGGAUGAUAGUGCUUUCUCUGGAGUCUCAUCACCAUGAGCAAGAGGAAAGUGAAGGAUGCUCACAUGCCAGUAGGAGAAUGCAUCACACAGGUCCAGGAGGUUUUCAGGGAGCGGUUUUGCUGUCAGAAGCUACCUGAACGGCCGGAGGGAGUGGAAUCUCAACACAAGCACCUUCUGGAGCUGCUGAAGCGGACUGCUGUCCACGGGGAGAGUAACUCGGUGCUAAUUGUCGGGCCCAGGGGAGCAGGAAAAACAAUGCUCCUGAAGUGUGUGUUGAGAGACCUCCUGGAGGAAAAAGAAGUGCAGAAAAACCUGCUGCAAGUUCAUCUCAACGGCCUCCUACAGACUGAUGACAGAAUAGCGCUGAAAGAAAUAACACGGCAACUCAACUUGGAAAAUGUAGUUGGUGACAAAGUGUUUGGCAGUUUUGCAGAGACCCUAGGCUUCCUGCUGGAGGCGCUAAAGAAAGGUGAUCGCAGCAGCAGCCGCCCUGUUUUGUUCGUCCUCGAUGAGUUCGACCUGUUCGCCCACCACAAGAACCAAACGCUUCUCUACAACCUGUUUGAUGUCUCCCAGUCAGCCCAGGCUCCCAUCGCUGUGGUGGGCGUCACCUGCAGACUGGAUGUUCUGGAGCUGUUGGAGAAGAGAGUGAAGUCCCGGUUCUCGCAUCGUCAGAUCCACCUGCUCAGCAGUCUGACGUUUCCUCAGUAUGCCGAGCGAGUUCGGACCCAGCUCAGCCUGCCGGACGACUUCCCUGACGACAAGUUCGCUCAGGACUGGAACGCUAGUGUGAAGAAUUUGUGUGAAGAUAAAUCAGUUGAAGAAGUUUUGCAGAGACACUUCAACUCCAGCAAAGACUACCGUAUGAUGCACAUGCUGCUGAUGUUGUGUCUGAGUCGUGUGUCCGUAGCCAAACCCAACAUCAAACCUGCAGAUGUGCUGGAGGCUAGCAAAAUGUGUUUCACUGACGCCAAGGCGAACAUGCUGCACGGUUUGUCCAUCUUGGAGCUGUGCCUCAUCAUCGCCAUGAAGCACCUCAACGACGUCUACGAGGGAGAGCCGUUCAACCUGCAGAUGGUUCACAAUGAGUUUAAAAAGUUUCUGCACAGAAAAUCGAGCUCCAUGUACAACUUCGAGCAGCCAGUCAUCAUGAAGGCCUUCGAGCACCUACAGCAGCUGGAGCUGAUCCGACCCGUCGACAGCUCCUCGGCCAAAACUCAGAGGGAGUACCAGCUGAUGAGACUCAUGCUAGACCACAGUCAGAUCAUGGAGGCCCUGCAGAAGUACCCACAAUGCCCCACUGACGUCAAGCAGUGGGCCAUGUCGGCGUUCGGCUAGGACUGUGUGUGCACUGGGACUAUUUACAAGUUUUGUCUGCUGUUUUCUUUGUCAGCGCUUCAACAACAUCACUGGAACUUCAGUUUGUUGCAGAAAAACACAGACCAUGUUGAGAAGUGGAUCUACAACUACUGCUCGAAUCAAGAGCCAAAACUAAACCUGUCUACAGUAUGUCACUGUUAAAUCUGAAAUAGUGGUGUAUUUGUUUCUCUCUAAGUUAACAGAUUAUAAAGACACUUGUGGAGUUGUAAUGCAAUAAAAAUGAGUUUUGUACAA